AUUACGUGUACGCGGUGACGUCAUUACGUAGACGCGGCGCCGUCAUCACGUGUAUGCGGCGAGGUCACCCCGAACCUAUAAAACGUCACCAUGCCACGCGGAGGCGUCACCACGCACGCUGAGACGUCAGUACGUACGCUGUGACGUCAGCACGCACGCUGAGACGUCACCACGUACGCGGGGACGUCACCACGCACCCCACACUAAAUCCAGCCUCUUCCUCUGUUCACAUCUCCUCCCUACUCUUAAGCUGUAAUCUAAAAAACCCUUUAAAAAAAACACCGUUAAGCAUGUGAUUUCCGCCGAAUCUACUUAGGGCUGAAGGGGAGAGGGGAGGAAUACUUCGUAAAAAAAAAACUAAAUUGCCGGCUAACGUUCCCACUUUGUGUAUCAUCAUCACCAUCACUGCGUUGUAACAUUUGUUAGGGUUGGAGCGAACACCCAAGAUCCGAGCGGCUACUGCUACUACUACUGCUGCUGCGAUGAUGAUGAUGGUGGUGGUGGUGAUGAAGAUGUCUUUAGAUUCUUAGAGAAGCCGAGCGUUGGUGGUGGUAGUGGUGGUAGUGGGUUUAGUGGGGGAUGUUGUGCUGAGGAGGACGUCUCGGGACAUGCGACUCGGCCGUCCCGCACACGGAGUAAGCAAGAAGUCUGCACGCAGAUCGCCGCGGAGUGAGAGGAGGAGACGCCAUGGAGACGUCGGUUUCACACGCGGGGAGUACCACGCACGUGAGCUUCGUGUGCCAGCGCUGCAACCAACCGCUCAAGCUGGACACUUCGUUCGACACGCUCGACAAUCACACGACCGGCGAGCUCACAGCCCCUCUUGUGACGGUUACACCGGUGACGAGAGACGACCCAAGUGUGGACAUAGAAGUGACCAAUGAGCAGGGCCCCUACACGACACACGGAUGCCUGGACGAGAGGCGAUGCGAUGGCGUGGUGCACAAGACCAUACCGCCAGCCAGCAGGAUGAUGUCCAUGGAGAGUGCCAACAGCUUCACGCUGAUAGGGGAGGCGUCCGACGGGGGCGUAACGGAACACCUGAGUCGCAGGAUCAAGGUGAUGAGCGACCUGUUCGACAUCAUGUCCGGCCAGACGGAGGUUGACCACCCGUUGUGCGAGGAGUGCACGGACAACCUCCUUGACCAGAUGGACCAGCAGCUCAAGGUCACGGAGGACGAGUGUCAGGACUACAGGGAUUUCCUCAAGCGCCUGGAUGACACCGCCGGCGAGGUGGGCUGUUCCGAGAUGGCGCACGGCGUUGACGAGCAGAGCCUGCAGUCGGAGCUCGCGUUUCUCCGCACCGAGGAGGCCGGGCUCAUCGCUCAGCUGGAGGAGGUGGAGGGCGAGCGAAGGCAGCUGGCCCAGCAGAUGGCCCACCUCAAGACUGAGGCCGCGCAGCUUGGCCACCAGGAGGAGAAGUACCAGCAUGAGUACAGCGAGCUGAAGCGUCAGUUGCUGGAGUGCGAGGACGACCAGCGCUCCGUCGACAACCAGCUGCGCCAUGCACAGAUGCAGCUCGACAAACUCAAGAAAACCAACGUCUUCAAUGCCACCUUCCACAUAUGGCACAGCGGCCAUUUUGGCACGAUCAACAACUUCCGCCUGGGCCGCCUGCCCAGCGUCCCCGUGGAGUGGAGCGAGAUCAACGCUGCAUGGGGUCAGACCGUGCUGCUGCUCCACGCUCUCGCCAACAAGAUGGGGCUGCACUUCCAGCGAUACCGCCUGGUACCAUAUGGGAACCACUCCUACUUGGAAUCACUCACUGACAAAUCAAAGGAACUGCCUCUGUAUGGCUCUGGCGGCUUCCGGUUCUUCUGGGACAGUAAGUUUGACCAGGCGAUGGUGGCAUUCCUGGACUGCCUGCAGCAGUUUAAGGAGGAGGUGGAGAAGGGGGACACUGGCUUCUGUUUGCCCUACAAGAUGGACGUGGAGAAGGGACGUAUCGAGGACACGGGCGGCACGGGGGGGUCCUACUCGAUCAAGAUCCAGUUCAACUCGGAGGAGCAGUGGACCAAGGCCCUCAAGUUCAUGCUCACCGACCUCAAGUGGGGGCUUGCCUGGGUCUCGUCGCACGUCAGCGCCGCCAAGUGACCGGCGGCCGUCGCGCCAAUCGCUGCCGUCACCAACCGGGGGUGCGCUUGGCUUCCAAAACCGCGUGCCAUUUAUGUAUGUACGUGUGUGUGUGUGUGUACGUAUGUUGAACUUCUUUCGCACCGUACGUAGCCAACCGCGCUAAUCGGAGGUGCGGUGGGAGGGACGACAAACUUAACACAAAAAGCGGUUCUGUAGAAAUGAGUUUUCAAUCUAGAUUGAGUGGGUAUUGGACUAAUUGAAUGGGAACCCGUUAUUUAUUUCAUACCUUCAGUUAUUGUACUUUUGCUAUUUGACAACUAUAUUGUCCGGCAAUAAUGAUUUUGCAAGGAGAAAUGCUUUUUUUGUUUUGAGGCAAAAUACACAACUGUCAUGAUAUCAUGUAACUAUGUUGAAAUCCUUUCGUACUGCAUAUAGCCAACCAUGCCAAUUGGAGGUGCGGGGGAAGGACACCGAACUAAACGCAAAAAGCAGAUCUAAAGAAAUCCGUUUUCAAUCUGGAUUUAAAAGUGCAUAGCUCCUAAUAUCGGAAGGAAGAGCGUUCCAGACAGCCACGGAAACGCAUCUGAGAGCACGCGAUAGAAUGACCGUCUACGUUCGAUGGCUAGCCAUAAGCCGCCGCGAGGAUUAUUGUUUGAUGGGUGCGUGAUUGCGAAUCGCAAGUCGGUGAGCUGUAUUUUGUCGUUUUAUUUUUAUUUGCCCGUUGGGAGUUUUUACGACUAAUUUGGUAGGCUUAGACAUCCGCUUGUUUUGGUUGUUUUGAGUAGCAUACGUCCAGUUAUGUUUUAGCGGCCAGCUAAAGUUCAGUUAGCGGCGAAUGUGUUUGGUUCGUGGAACCUUUUUUGAAGGCCAUAGCCCUGCGAUGUGUAUUCGUGCAGCGCCGCGUGUUGUUCUGCACGAUGUCCAACGUUUAGCUCCAGGAGCUGGGAGCUUCUUCAAGCGCGUGGAGUGGAAGUGGGCUUGAGCAGAAGAGAUCAUGAGAGGGGAUGAAGGCUGGUGGUUGGGAGUUUCACGAAGAAGCUUCCCGCACGCGGAUAGAAAUGUCGGACAUCGUGUCGAACGGGGUGCGGCACAACCAGAAACCGCAUCGGAGUGCUGGACAGCACAACCGAGAGAAUCUACGCAGUAACUUGCCGAAAGUUUGGGUGCAAGUCACGUGUUAUUAUUACAGAGCAUUUAAAGCUGCAGGAGGGUUCUGUUUGGCGGAGCAAAUGAAAAAUUGUUGGAAUGUAACGAUGCGACCGAUUCGUGGAUUAAAAUCGAUUCUUUUGAUACAUGAGUUGAAGCACACUUGUGCGGGAAUUGAUUGUUGCAGGAUAUAUUGGCAAAAUAUAUGUUCACGUGUGCAAGCGCUCGAGAAAUGUAACAUGUGUGAGAGUGCAAUACAGACGACAGAUAUUACAAUCGCCUGAUGAUGAAUAGAGGAACGAGAGAGGAAGCAAGGCGGCACAAACGAGUUCACGCGAAAGGGACGGACGACAGAAAAGAGACGCGGUGCAAACAAGACAGCAGCCAGCAGACGCACGGUGCGCUCCACGCGGGGUAAAUCGGAGGAUAGAAAUUAGACGAAGCUCAAGCGGGACCGACCAAAUGAGGCGGCACAAACGACACAAGCAGGGGGGGGGGGGGGGGGAGUUGGAGAGUACAAAAAGAGACGCAGCUUGGGUUCCAAAAGGGACGUGGCCGUAAUGAAACGAGACGGGCGGAACGUGUGAGGUAGGCAUCGAGGACGAGUCGCGGUCGAAGUGAGAUGCUCCCCGCACCGCCGAUUAGCGCGGUUGGCCACGUACGGUGCGAAACAAGUUCAACGUGCGUAAGUACAGAGAACACUAAACUUGAUUCUCGAGUUAAAUCGCAACUCUGAUUCGUGACAAUUCAUCCGAUCGCCGUCACGUCCGCUCAACGUCAUACAAACCAAAACGCACGUAAUUCGUGAAUAGCAACCCAGUGUGCGUGCGCGCAUCGAUGGGCUCUUGUGCUUAGCGAAUCGUGGUUACUUUUCAAAAUGCAAGGGAUGCUGCCACCACGCCAAUGGUGUUGCAACGGUCAGCACACUGGACUUGCCAAUUCCAGACGUGGUCACCGGCUCGAUUGGAUUUCCCGGGUGCGGCAGUCGUUUUAAGUUUCUGAAAGCCUCUUUCCACCCAGCGGAAUGAACGGGUAACUCCGCGGUUAGUCGCGUGUAGUGGUGUUACCCUUCCAAGAUGUCUGGCUAGCCGAGAUGGGAAGGCCAAAAUACUGUUGAGGGGCUGUCUCGCGCUCUUCAUUGCGGAGGUCCUUGUACCAGCAGGAGCAAAGAAUUGCAAGGCUGCAACUUUUACCGUGCGAACUGGACUUGCCACCAGAGGUCACCGGUUCCGUUUGAUCUCCAGGCGCGGCAGUUGAAACAGUGGUGCAAGUUUCUGAAAUCCUCCGCCUCUUUCUACCCAGCAGUAUAAAUGGGUAACGCCGCAGUUAGUCGCGUGUAGUGCGGGCAGGAGCAAGCAACUGCAGGGCUGCACUUUUACCUUACGGAAAUGCCAACGGAGUUUUAACUUGCCCGAGCUUCAAGGUUACAGCCAGAUGUGGGAGAGACUUGUAAACUUGGCAAACAUUAAUUCUCAAAUAAGUUGAACCUUUGAAUUGUUGUUGAGUUAAUUUAUUGUACAUAUAACUUUUCUCUUUUUGCAAAUAAAAUAAAACAAAUCAAGAAUUGAAAACAUCUGCAUGCUGGGUGUAAACUCGCAAUCUAGACAUUGCCAGGAGCCAGCUAAGUAUGACACGUGGCAUGAAGAUUAUAACCCAUGCUCCUGAAACGUAUAUAUAUGUACUAAAAACUUUGUUAUAGCAAAAAUAAAACUAUGGAAAUUG